AUGAGUUCAACACCCGGCGGUUACGCGGGAGGAGGAGGAGGAGAAGGAGGGAGUCCGAUCGUCCCUGGUGCUGGUGCUGGUGUUGGAGGUUAUGGAACCCCAACCGGAUCACACAUACUCGGAUCACCUUCACAAUCCAUGACUACACCUCGGGGUGGUGGAAGACCUCUUUUACCCACUUCCUCGAACUCGACCGGCGGCCCACCCGCUCCCGCUCCGAAUCCUUCCAUCGCCGCCACCUCCCCCUUCUCCACUAUCCCAACCACAGCUCCAACACCAAUACCAACAGCACCAAUCCCGACUCCUACCCCUAACCCAACCUCCAAUCCCACUCCAGUACAACCCGCUCCACGUACUCGAGGACCAGGAAAGAAUUCUCGAGCUUCCGCCGCCGCCGCCGCCGCCGCCGCCGCUGCAGCCGCCGCUUCACAUCCUCCUCCUCCUCCUCCUACUACUACCACUACUACUAGUACUACGGCGGUUCAUCAUCAACAUCUUUUGGAAGAAGAUUAUACCGCUUUCGCUGAUAUCCUCGAUACGCUCACUCAUCGACAACUUGCGAUUCAUCGGUUCGCGAAGAAUCAUGAGUUUCUUCAAGAGGUUUUGGGUCCCCGAUUGGAGAGGGAUGCGGUGGGUUUGAGGAAGAGGGAAGAGGAAGAGAGGGAGAGGGAGAGGAGGUUGGGGUAUCAGUUGCAGGUGCAGGUGCAGGUGCAGGUUCAACAACAACAGAGGGAGAGGGAGAGGAGGGGGACGUCUUCUUCUUAUGAUGGUCAGAUGAUGAACUUGGUCGCUCCUUCGUCAACGGGAGGAACGAGUUGGAUCACGCGGUUCGCUCAUCCCGGGCAGAGUAGUGGGGGUUUGAGUUUGGAAGAGAGGAGGAGCGCUUUGGAGAAUUUGAGGGAUACUUCGAGGCAUGAGAUGAAGGAGAUGGAGCGGCAUUACGAGAUGUUGAGGAAGGAGAUUCAGUUCACACCCACGUAG